AUGUUCAGCUUUUUCAAAAAGAGAACGAAGGCCGAAAGCCCGAACACGCCCGACACCCAACGAAGACAGCCGAGCGCGGGCGACACAAAGCUAAUUUCAGUCGGCGCGCGCGCACCACAAAACGACAAUGUCGUAGCGAACGAGAGAACCGGGACAAUACGCAAAGAUGUAGUGAACCUCCUCCUACCCGAAACUGACUACAACCAGAGGACCGCGGUCGGCACGUUCCUGAACAUCAUGGGGCGAAAGAGGCGCAAUAAGAGGAAGCGUGACUCCUACCGUGCGCAAGAGAACCCGCGGCAUCAGACUGUAGCGCCCGAGGCGCCCACACUUGCCAAAAAUACCGAGGACGCGCCGCACACGUCCGACGACCAAGCCGACUGUGUGAAGGCGCUAGUUCUAGCGAAGUACGCAAAAACCCAGCCCAAACAACAGCACGUGUCCCUCGUGUACGUAAAUGAACCGAUUUUGGACGAGAAAAGACAUGCAGAAUCAUUGCUCCGCGAGAUCGCGAAGAGUAUAGACUGCGACAUAGAUCUAGAUGAACAAAUGGGAACUGAGAACAGCAAACAGGAGGACCCGUACGAGACGGUGAUGGACCAGCGCAUCGACGCCUACAAGAACGAGCUCAAAGGCGAGCUGGAGAAGCUGUUGCAAGAUACUGACGAUAAAAAUGGCCUAGAAUGCUCUGGAUUGUCAAGGAAGUCCAAUUUGAAACCGCCGCGCUCGGACAACGAAGGUUGUUCUGAUGACGACCGUUCAGAUAACGGAAAGAAGCGAGUGACGUUUCAGAAGCACAUCAUCUUCGAUGAUGGCGAGCAGCAGACUGAUGAUGAGGCGGAUUCCUCAUUCGAAUCUCUUACGUCAGAGGAGACGGAGUACUUAGAUGAUGUUCCAGAUGAGAAAUAUGAUAAUAAGACUGUUAUAAAGGUAGAGAGUCCUUUGAUAAGAAUCGAUUGUGUUGAGGAUUUGAAGCGCAUUUCUGGUGAUAAUAGUGACAGUGGUUUCCUGGAGUGUGAUAAGGAGUCGGGUGAUGAGACUAGUGUUAAGAGUGGCGAGAGUGAGAGUGAGGAGGAGAUAGAGGUGCCUGAGGAGUUGGAGGAGGACAACGAUGUUGCUGUCGCGGAGAAGGAAACGAAAGACCUGGUGAACCAGGAGACGAAAUUCCAGGCGCAAGUUGCAGCACUAACAGAACUAGCGGAUAACAGGUGUGACGAGAUAGAAAGAGCGAGAGAUAUUAUCGCCUCUUUUAGGAAGGAGAUAGAUGCUAAGGACCAGGAAAUUGCACAGCUAAAAUGCGACCUAGCAUCCGCUUACAAAGAGUCAGAACUGGUGCGCCAGCGCAGCCGCUCCUUAGAGGAGGAGCUUUCAGCGGCUCGUACCUGUUCCGCGGAUUUGGCAGAUCAGCUCAACAGGAGAAAUGACGAAGCGUUAAGAGUAUUGAGAGCCGAACUAGAAGAUUCCAACACGAGAUGUGCCGAACUAGAGUCGAGGGUCGAGGCGUUAGAGCGAGACAGAGAGCGGUUAGAGCAAGAGAAACUUAUACAGGAACAGAAGGCGCAAGAGGCGUUGUCUGCAGCUGAGGCGAAUAUAACAAAAUGGCGGACGGCCCACGAAGCGGCCAGGUCACAAGCGGCGGCGAGGGCAGAAAGAAUAUUGGCUGACUGUGAAUGGAAGAUGCGAGAGUUGGAAAAGAGAGCGAGAGACGCUGAGAGGGAGAAGAAAGAGCUAUCAGACACCGUGGAACAGCUAAAAGCAUCUCCACCCACUCCAACCCACGUAGCUGAACUGCAGCAGCUCCGCGGCCUGGCGUCGGAACAGCAGCGGUGCGUUCAGUCCCUGACUCUUCAAUUGCAGAAGGUCGAAACGAGGGAGGAAUCAUUGAAGCUGGAAGUUCACAGACUGAAAGACCUUCUCGAGAAGGAGGCGAGGAUAAAGCAGGAGAAGGAGGAACUACACUUACAGGCAAUAGACAGAUUACACCAGCAGCACUCAGAACACAUAGACAGCAUCAGAGCUGAACAUUCGGAAGCACUUGCGAGCGCAGCCAGUGCGAGGUCGGCGCUGGAGAGAGCUCACGCUGAUAAAACGAGGACGGCGCUGGCAAAUUUGAGGGCGGAGGCUGAGAAAGAUACGAAGAAUGCUGAGAGGAAGCUGAGAGAAGUUUCUACACGUUUCGAGAACCUGAAAGAAGUGUUAGCGUCAAAAGAGGCUCAAUUCGAGCACGCGAUCGCCGAAGCGCACAGCAAAGCCGACUGGGACAUCCUACAGCUGCGCCACCUCUUGGACAAAGCUGACAUCACUUACGCGAACAACGUGGAAAUGAUGAACGAGAGAUUUGAGAAGGAGAAGGAGCGAUUAAUAGAAGAUUGGUCUACGAAACUCCGCCAAACAGAAGAACAGGCAUCCACUGAUGCCGAAGAAGCCAGAAGAACGCUGGAAACCACCAGGGCCAAGCUGACAGCCGAGAAAAACGAUCUGAUUAACAAGCUCAAAGAAAAGCAUAGACAAGAAAUGGAAGACCAAUGGGAGUUGUUCAUGACAGACAAAGAGAACUGCCUGGAACGAAUGAAGUCCGAAUGCCGCCAAGAAGGAGAUGAAGAGAGAGUAAAACGCGAGAGAGAGUUGUUAGAAGAGAUCGCAGACCUAAAAUCUCAAGUUCAAUCAAAAUCAAUGGAAUUUGACGAUUUAGCAUUGAAAGCAGCAGCCUGUGGACGGACAUUGGCUGUCACAGAGCAGGAGUUAAGAGAAGCGCUAGAGAGAGAAAGGGAAUUGCGAGAAAAGAGAGGAGACGACGCGACGAAGUUGAAACAAGUUGAAAAGGCAUCAAGGGAGCAAAUUGAGCAUUUGACGAGGAAGUGCGCUUGUCUGAGAAAACUCUUUGACGACAUGCGAGCUCGUCUGGCUGCUCGCGAACGAGCAGCGGAACAAGAGACGAGGGCAAAGGACAAAGAACUACACCAUUUGAGGGCCGAAGUUGCCAGACUGACCAAGAUUCUUGUAGAACAGAGCAAUCCAAAACUCGGUACAAGAACAAGGGCAGAUGGUUGCGAGAUGUCGCAGAAGGAAGAAUUGAGUACUGAAGUGCCGACCGCACAACGGAGAAAGGGUGGAGUUUUAAAGACACCCGAGUUAGCGCGUAAGAGACCGACAUUGCCAGAAUUAGGACCGCUUCCGCCGGAAUUAAAACCAGUAUCCGGCGACGAACAAAAUGGCCGCCGUCGAGCGAAAAGCGUCGACUUGCCCGCCGUCCAAGUGCCAGUCAGAAUAAAGCAGCUCGAAAACCGAAAUAAAGAAUAA